AUGAACAUGGGUGUGGCCAAGAGGGCAUACGUGGCAUUCCUUGCAGGCAAUGGAGACUACAUCAAAGGCGUGGUAGGCCUUGCCAAGGGCCUCCGCAAGACCAACACUCCUUACCCUCUCGUGGUCGCCGUCCUACCGGAUGUCCCCGACGACCACCGUCGCAUUCUUCGCUCUCAAGGAUGCAUCGUCCGGGAGAUUGAGCCUGUCUAUCCGCCUGAAAACGAAACCAAAUUUUCCAUGGCAUAUUAUGUCAUCAACUACUCUAAGCUUCGCAUUUGGGAGUUUGAAGAGUAUGAGAAGAUGGUGUACUUGGAUGGAGACAUACAAGUGUUUGACAACAUUGAUCACCUAUUUGACUCGCCAAAUGGCUACUUCUAUGCUGUGAUGGAUUGCUUUUGUGAGAAGACAUGGAGUCACUCUCCUCAAUACAAGAUUGGCUACUGCCAGCAGUGCCCCCAGAAGGUGGAGUGGCCCGCCACGAUGGGGUCACCGCCGCCGUUGUACUUCAACGCCGGCAUGUGCGUCUUCGAGCCUAACCUUGUCACUUACUCUAACCUCUUGGAAGCCCUCAAAGUCACCCUUCCCACUUCCUUUGCCGAGCAGGACUUUCUGAACAUGUUCUUCAAGGAUGUGUACAAGCCUAUUCCAAAUGUUUACAACCUCGUUCUGGCCAUGCUGUGGCGUCACCCCGAGAACGUGGACAUUGACAAGGUCAAGGUUGUCCACUAUUGUGCCGCGGGAUCAAAGCCAUGGAGGUACACGGGAGAGGAAGAGAACAUGGAGAGAGAAGACAUAAAGAUGUUGGUGAAGAAGUGGUGGGAAAUAUAUGAGGACAAAUCCUUGGACUACGAGAAUGCUACUAAGAAUAUUAUUGUGGAGGACGAGGAUCACUGUGUUGCUACUAAGCUUGGACCCUUUGUUGCUGCUUUAGCAGAGACUGGAAUUCAGCAGCUCACUAGUGCACCAUCUGCCGCUUAA